AUGACCCCUUACGGCCGCACAUCCGACCCAAGUCAUUAUCUCAGCAACUUCAGGAUCCGGAUAUACCUCACGGAUGCCUCAGAUGCAGUCCGUUGCAAAGCUUUCCCGACCACCUUGACCAAGACGACAAUAAAGUGGUUCGACAGCUUACCACCAAAGUCGAUUGCAAGCUUCGAUGACCUCGCCAAGAAGUUCCUAGCCAGGUUCUCCAUUCAAAAAGAUAAAACCAAGCACGCACCAAACUUACUAGGGAUUAAACAAGGAGAUCAGGAGAGCCUCCGCAAUUAUAUGGAAAGAUUCAAUAAAGCAUGCCUUGACAUACAGAAUCUCUCUAUAGAAGCAGCAAUUAUGGGACUAAUCAAUGGUCUGCUGGAAGGACCCUUCAACCACUCUAUAUCUAAGAAACACCCAACAUCUCUGAACGAGGUACAAGAGCGGGCGGAGAAAUACAUCAAUAUGGAGGAAAACUCUCAAUUAGGGGAAGCCUCAAAAUCCGGAUUCUCCUAUCCACCUCGGGACAAGGAUAAAGAGUCUAGGAAAAAAGAAGACCAACCUACUGAGAAACCCAGAAAGUACCACAACUACACCCCUCUUCGGGUGUCUCUUGUGAAUGUUUACCAGGAGAUAUGCAACACUAAAAAGAUCCCACCGCCUCGCCCGAUUAAACACAAGAAGGAAAGAAGUCGGACAGAAUAUUGCGAGUACCACCAAAUCUACGGGCACCCUUCCAACGAAUACUACGACCUAAAAAAUGUCAUAGAAAAACUAGCCCGAGAAGGAAGACUAGAUCAGUUCUUAGCCAAUAAACUGGACGAACCAAAAAAGAGGAGAAGGGAUGAAUAG